CUCGAUUUCCACGCAGUUUCUUUCGUUCGUUGAAAAACAAAAACUUCAACCACAAACGAAAGAGAGAAAAAACCUUCCCUGAUUCACCAAAGCAAAACAAAACGAAAUUUAGAACUUCUACUUUUAUUUUUCAUUUUUUUUCUCUCUCUUCUCACAUGAAUUCGAUUUUUAAGAGAUUGUUCAAAGCGAAACCUAAUUUGCUACCAACAUCCUCAGGUGGGGAUACUCAACAACCACAAGAAGAAGAAGAAGAAGACGACGAGGAGGAGGAAGAACAAGAAACAGCUGAGACGAAGAUUUCUGUUGAAAAUAAUAGGAUCGCUGAAGGGGUUAAAUUAUUUGAUGUAGUAGCACUAAUGGGUGGUGAAGGAAGUACAAUUUCGGGUUCUGGUGGAGUUACUAGGGUUAGUGUUUCAGGGGAAGAUAUUUCAUUAGUGGUUCAAGUUCAGGGUUCUGCUGCUGCUGCUGCUACGACAACUACUACUAGUACUGUAUUUCAAGAAACUGUGAUCAAGGAGAUUCCAAAUACUAGUAGUGAAGUUGGGGAAAGAAAGAAUGACAGGCUUCUUGUUUCUCAACCACACGUGUUGGAGCAUCAAAAGAGUGGUUUUGUUAAUGAGGAAGGUGGAGGAAAGAAAGAGGAUUUGAGUGCUGGUGGUGUAGAAAAGGGGAAACAAAUUGAGCUAGUGCAAGAUAAUGUGUUUUCAGUGGGUGAUUUUGUAUGGGCUAAAGUAAAGAAUCAACAUUGGUGGCCUGGUCAAAUCUACAAUCCUUUAGAUGCGUCAAGUUUUGCGUUGAAGAAUCAAGAAAAGAAUCAUCUUUUGGUUGCGUACUUUGGGGAUCAAAGUUACACUUGGUGUAAACCAUCUGAACUGAAACCGUUUCAAGAGAAUUUUGAUCAGAUAAUAAUGCAAACUAAAGCGAAGAAAUUUCGUAAUGCUGUCAAGGAAGUGUUGAACGAGAUUGGUAGAAUUGUGGAAUCACAGAUGACUUGUUCUUGUAUUCCAAUGGAAGCUCAGAUUGGAAUAGUUAAACCAUUAGCUGUGAACCCAGGAAUAAAGGGUGGAGUCGUUGUGCCGGACUGUCGAAUUAAUGAGUUUUCAAAAAUGCAUUUCGAGCCUGCCAAGUUUGUUUCAAUUCUUAGGUACAUUGCAGAAAUAGUAGUUUCUCCAACCAGUAUGCUCGAACUUAUAGUGUUUCGGAGACAGCUGGCGGCAUUUAAUAGGUCAAGGAGUUGUGGCCAAGUACCUAUGAACCAACUAAUCCCAGAAGAGAAUGCUAGAAGUGAGGUGACCAGCAAAAGCCGCCAGUCUAAUGGGCAAACAGGAGACCCUGAAGAAGACUGGCUUGCUUCUCCAACAAUCCACGGAAUUAGCCAAACCUCGAAAGAGAACUGGUCACAGAUUUCAGGGGACAAGUCGCAUCAGAAGAAAAAACAAAGAACAAUGGUCGACAUCAUGGCGAAUGACAUGGAUGUUGAACCUGAGAAAGGUGAGACUGAUGCUGCUGAAGAAGAAGAUACAGGAAAAUCAGUUUUGACGUCCAGGAAGAGAAAGAAAGAUGAGGUUUUAUCAGACAGUAACAUUGCUGAUGGUGAUUUAGGUAGUGGAAAUUCGGUUUCUGCAAUGGUAGAGAAUAAAGACACGAAUGAAGGAACUGCUGAUGGUGAAGGAAGUAAUGCCAAACAUUUUUCAAGGGAAAGGAAGAAGAGCAAGUACUUAUCUCCUCCAUACACAAAUUUAGGCAAAGGAAGUAAACAAUGGUCUCAUUCAGAAGAUUCAGUAACUGAAACCCCAAAGGGUUCAAAAGGUUCCCGUGUAGGGAGGAGAAUGAAAAAGGCCAUAGACCAACUUUUUGGGUCUAGUCCACUUGUUAAAUGUAGCAGUGAAACAUUCCACAAGGCUCCACCCGAGGUGUCUUUCGAUUCCAUGAUAUCUGAGCAGAAAAAGAUUGUUUCCAAACAGAAGUCAGAUGAGAUGUUUUAUGAGUUUGUCACUGCAGCUUUGGAUCCUAUGUAUCUGAAGGAAAAUCCUUCUUGCAGCUUAAUCAAGGGAUUCUUUUCAAUUUAUAGAAGUUCGUUGUAUCAUGACGGCUCCAAUUACCUAAUGUUUAAUGGCGGCAUGGCUGAACAGUGUGAUGAGAAUGGAAACCAAUUAGAGGCUGACCACCAAACAUCCAAGGAUCAAGAACUUAAAACAUUGCAAACGAAGGAUGAGAGGAUGUCGAUUCCAGAUAAUGAUUUGAAAGAAGUCAAUUUGAAGGAUGAGAAAACACUGCGGAGUGCUGAUAAUGUGGCAAUGAUUAUCAAAAGAAAGUAUGAGAAGAAGAUGCAGAAUCCUAACAGUGAUCCAAAUAUUGUCAGUACUAAGAAUGAGAACUUGCAGAGUCCUAACGGCGAGCCCUUGAGAAUGAAGAGGAAGUAUGAAAAAAAAUUGAAGAGUCCUGAUAGUGAGCCUAAGAAUACAGAGGAUGAUAAAAUGUUGCAAAGUGCUAAUGGUGAAGCGAAGAGAGUCAAAAGAAAGUACGAGAAAAAGUUGAAGAGCCCGAACUGCGAAUUUGAUCAUAUUGCUGGAACAGCAAAUCUUCAGCCGAAUCCUAGUAAAGAAGCCAAUGGUCAAACCUCGGGGGCAGUUCUUCUUUUGAAUUUUGCUUCAGGAGUCCCUUUGCCAACCAAAGGCGAUCUAGUAAAAGAGUUCGAAAAGUUUGGGGCUCUGAUUGAGUCGAAAACCGAGGUGUUACAGGAUUCUAGUUCGGCCCAAGUUUUUUACAGAAGCAGCACCGACGCAGAAGCCGCCUUCACCAGUUCAGGAAAGAUCACUAGAUUUGGACCUCCUAACAUGGUUAGUUAUAGGCUCCAGUAUCCCUCCACAACUUCCAAAGGACCCGGUCUUAAUGAAACCAGCUCUCAUCAGCAUCUUCCGGGGUUUUCUGAACAGCAUAGUAACUCUCAUCAGGCUACUCCAGCAAAUCAAACCAUGCCUGUUCCUCCUGUCGAAGUCAGAGAUCCACUGGAAUUUAUGAAGCAGACACUUCAGAUGAUGACCUCAACACUGGAGAUGUCUGGGGAUAAGCUGUCACCAGAUAUGAAAGCUAAGUUAGAGUGUGAAAUUAGAAUCUUGUUGCAGAAGGUAACCAAAGGAGAUUCAUCCUCUUCCCAGUAGCUUGUUUAAUCUUUCAUUGUCUAAAGCAAGUAACUCAAGGGCACGAGUAUGCGUCGGUAGUUGGUCAGUUUAAGCAUGUCAUGCUGUUUUGUAUUUCCCCGAAAGCGAUUGAUGUUGCUUAUUUUCUAGUAGUAGUACAAAUAUUUAGAGCCCCCAAGUGACCUUCUUCCAAAAGGUUUAUUUCCUUUCCCUCUGUUUCUGGAAACAUUUAUGUUUGCACUGGGUUUCUACAUUGGUACAUAUUUAUUUGCGUGGUGGUGGCAUAAAUUAGUGAUCUACUUGAAUCU